GCACGCACGAGGGAGGGCUCCGUUGUGGACUUCACCGCCGCCAACAUCUGGGCGCAGCGCGGGCCACCGCUGGCCGCCGCCUCACCGCGGGGACCGUAGGAGGCUCAGCCCCGAGGCCGGAGACUUCAGUUUGGGAUCAGCCCCCCGGGAUGCAGUAGCGGCCGCUGUUCGGAGGCCGCCGAGCAGCUGCAGCCGCCACCGCGCAGACCCACGCUGGCUCCGUGCGCCAUGGUCACCCACAGCAAGUUUCCCGCCGCCGGGAUGAGCCGCCCCCUGGACACCAGCCUGCGCCUCAAGACCUUCAGCUCCAAGAGCGAGUACCAGCUGGUGGUGAACGCCGUGCGCAAGCUGCAGGAGAGCGGCUUCUACUGGAGCGCCGUGACGGGCGGCGAGGCGAACGUGCUGCUCAGCGCCGAGCCCGCCGGCACCUUCCUCAUCCGCGACAGCUCGGACCAGCGCCACUUCUUCACGCUCAGCGUCAAGACGCAGUCGGGGACCAAGAACCUGCGCAUCCAGUGCGAGGGGGGCAGCUUCUCGCUGCAGAGCGACCCGCGCAGCACGCAGCCCGUGCCCCGCUUCGACUGCGUGCUCAAACUGGUGCAUCACUACAUGCCGCCGCCGCCGGGCGCCCCCGCCUUCCCCGCGCCCCCGACGGAACCCGCCUCCGAGGUGCCCGCCCAGCCGCUCCCCGGGAACCCCCCCAGGAGAGCCUAUUACAUCUACUCGGGAGGCGAGAAGAUCCCUCUGGUCCUGAGCAGGCCGCUCUCCUCCAACGUGGCCACCCUCCAACAUCUCUGUCGGAAGACCGUCAACGGCCACUUGGACACCUACGAGAAAGUCACCCAGCUGCCUGGCCCCAUUCGGGAGUUCCUGGACCAGUACGAUGCGCCGCUCUAAGGGGCCAAGGGCAGGGGUCGGGCGAGGGGCCUGGGUCCCCUCUCCUCCGUGGCACAUGGCACAAGCACAAGAAUCCAGUGGAGAGAGUCCUGCCGCCCUGGGUGAGCCCAGGGGUGGGCCGGCCCCUCCCGCGGGCCCUCCCCCUGCGGAACGGGGCAGGCGGGGCCUGGAAUGUGUUGGAGGGCAGGGGAGUGCCACCUGGGCGCCCCUCCCCCGCUCCGCCCGCUGGCCCGAAGGGACCACUUCAGCGACAGCAUUGGAUUGAUUCUCCUCUCCUCUCCGCCUCCUUGAACUAGUGAGAGCUGCCGGAGAACCUGUAAACUUUCCGAAGGAACUUGUUUGCUCUUUGAUUUGGUUUUAAACAUGGCUUUCAUCCUGAGCAAGUCUCAGGCCUGGGAAAGGGUGGACCGGAGAGGGCGCCCCGGCCCCAGGGCUACAGGCUGGCCAAAGAAACGGCCACUCCCACCGCCAGCCCAGGUGAGGAGGGUGGCUGCGCGCUCCUCCCCCGGCUCUGGAGAGAAGGCCACGGGGUGACCUGAAGGGUACCACGCUGCUCCCUCCCCCUUGGGGCAGCCACCAGGAAACAGGUCCUAGAGUCCACGGAGGGCUCAGCAGCCCAGGGCCCUUCCCCCGUUUUAAGAGGGAAGUGGCACUUGGAGGGGGAGGGAUGGACGGGCUGGUCAGUCCUCCCCCCACCCCUCACACUAUACCUCCCAGCACCUGGGGGCUGGGGGGAUGGAGGAGAUGAGCCAUCUUUGACCCCUGAUCCCGGCCAGAGAAGAUGGAGGAUUCUGCUUUGUGCCUCCUCCUAUGUCUGGCUCGGAGAUUUGCCUUAAACGCUCCCUGUCCCGUGGAUGGGGACUGGCACACAAGAACCACACACUCGGCCGAUCCAGGCGAGGCCAAGGGAUUCUCAGAGGGCAGGCCGCUGGCCGCAGCGCGGGACGGGGGCGGGGCAGAGGUGGAUGGCCACCCCUUCCAGCUGAGCCUGUCACAGGUGCCUCCUGGUGCCUGGGCUCUGGCCCGAGCACAGCCACCAGGCCCCCCACAGCCCCAGGCCCUGCACAGCGCUCCCUCACCUGGGACGGGGUCCCGCGUGGAGCCAUCCAUCGGACGCCGGGGCACCUGCCACCCAGCGGCUGCUCCACAACAGCACUGAUCGGUGAAAACUUACAGGAAUGUAGCAGCGAUGGAAUGACCUGGAAUUGUUUUUCUGGGGGGUGGGGGAGAACUAAACACAGUUUCCUGUGUUGGGUAUUGGUCUGGAUGGGGCAGCUGUGUGUUGGGGUGUUUUUUUGUGUUCUGUUUUGUUUUUCCUCGUUAUUUUGGUUUUGUUUUGGGUUUUUUUUUGAUGAUGUUUACAACCUGCCUCACUCUGUCUUUUAUAAAGAUUCCACCUCCAGUCCUCUCCCCUCCCCCACCCAGGCCUUCAAGGCUGUUAGGAGAUGCUUGAACUCAACAAAAUACCAAUCCAAGUCAAACUUUGCACAUAUUUAUAUUUAUAUUCGAAAAGAAACAUUUCAGUAAUUUAUAAUAAAGAGCACUAUUUUUUAAUGAAAAA